UAAAUUUUAAACUUUUGAAACUGUCAGACUACAACACAGUCCAUGGUGAGUUGUGUUGGUAACUGUAUUAUUAGAGGGCAACAUGCACUAUCUCACUUCUGCAUGAUAUUUAUGUAUUUUUAAAAAAUAUAAUUAGCAAAACAUUGUAAGUAAUGGGUUACCAAGUAUCCUUAUACUUACAUUAAAUGUUUUCUAGAAAAUUCUAAUUGGCCAAAGAUAUUACGUGAAAUACCGUAUUGUAUAAAAGAUAGAACGUAGUUUAUUCAACUGUUUUCUUACGUUAGUGGCAAUUCCAUCAUUACAUUCACAUAUUACAGUCCAUUGUUAGUUUUAACACCUUACCCAACCCCUCUUUUCAUUGUGGGGAUCAUUAAAUAGCCGGUUAUUACACUAUAUUACUAAAUAUAGUGGACAAAGCUUUGAAUUCUUGCCAGAUUUGAUUGUCACGGGAAGCGAUCGCUCACCUAGAAAAAUUGUGUGAAAUGGAUAACGGUAAAUAAAAUGUCUGAGUAAUGUAAGGAAUAAAUGUAUUUUAUUUUAAUGUCAUAAUUAUGUCUCUUUUGAUAAAAUUUUAUGUACAGCGCGGUGAGCCCAGCCCUUGGCUGGGGUACCGCGCUAUAUAAGACGUCUUACUACUAUUAUUAUUAUUAUUAUUAUUAUUAUUAUUAUUAUUAAUAACUAUGAUUUUUGUGUCCCCUGUUUUCAGGUAUCAGCAGUUAGGAUGAAUUAUAUAACUGUGUCAAUCCUAUUGGUCGUUCUCCUGCUACUGGUGGAAAGUUGUGUACACAAUGGGGUUACAUACCAGGUGAUUGUUGAAAUUAUUAAAUUAAAACCUAAACACACUGUUGUAUCGAAGGCUAAGAUUGUAAUAUAUAUAUAUACUAGUUUUUACAACCAUCUAAAUUAAUGUCAGCGUUCACUCCGGAGUCUAACGGAUUGAACUCUUGUUUUAGACCAGUGAGUAAUUUACGUUUAUAUAAUGAACUCAAUUUAUCCAAAAAAGUUGUCCUAUUAAAAUCUGUUGGAUACCGCAACAAUUCACGUAGAAGCUUCUAGAGUAAACUAAGUAUUUGUCUAUCAUAAAUUAUAGAACACCUUACACUCACUUAGAACUUUUUAGAAACUUCAAAGCUGUCUUCAAAUCUUAUUUCAGAACAUUUGAGUAAAGUAAUAGAGAUUUAUAGAAACAUUUUUAAAAAUGAAAAGGACAUAUAUAUUAACUUAAAAUCCUCUUUUUCCUUUGAACAAAAACGAAUAAUGAGGAGAUAUUUUUGAAGUGUUACAAUUUGUAACUGCACACUGUUAGUUAUUGUUAUUGGUUUCUCCGCGGUGUGGAGAAAUAAUUAAAUGUAAAAUAAUAGGCCUAUAUUUUUAUUGAUGAAAUAACCGUAUCAAGAACCAGAUGUAACCUACGUCUAUAUUUUCCCAUGCCCAGGACCGUAGCGUUGGCCCUGCAACCCCUGCGACCGCCGGAUUUUUGCAUGGCAAAAAAUAUGUGAUAUGGCAAAUACUUAACGUAUUAGAUGGCACAGAAACUUAAAGGAGCAGGGCUGUCUCUAAAUUUAACGUGUCGGCUCUGGGCAUACCAUACGAGCAACGUUGGCUAGCAAGCCGGCUAAUUGACUUUUUUUUAAUAAUACUAGGUGAACAAAGAAAAAUAAAGUUGUUCGUAUAUAUCAUUUCAACAUCCCGUAAUAAAACUAUUUAUUUUUCAUGUGGAGUUUUCAUUACUAAACCUAUGAUCCUUAACUGCUUGAUUAUAAUGUUAAUUUAACCGUCAUAAAAACAGAAGAAGGUUUCCUAAUUUAAAUGAUAAUUAAUUGCUGAACAAAUGAUCCUCCAAACAAUGGGCCCAAGGUCUCUCAAAACUAAAUAUUGUUUGCACGAUUUUCAGCCGGGCGAAGAGUAUCAGGAAAGUCCAUGCAAAACUUGUGAGUGUGGUCAUGAUGGCUGGCCGAUAUGCUUUUCCAGGAGCUGUGGGCAGCCAAGCUGUGGACCAUUCCAAACACCCGUGGUGAAGGCAGGCGACUGUUGCGCUAGUUGCCCGUAGGAUGCGAUAGACAAACGCAGGGGUGCCCAGAGUGUGUGACGUGUUGCCCCCCCCCCCGGGGGAGCAAAUUACUUCCUCUAAGGUGCAUCGUGAAACGUUGAGAC